UUUAGUCUCUGGUUUAGUCAAACCGUGCAUAUGCGGAACCUUUUGAGAUGAGACGUGAUUUCAGCCCGGACGAAUAUCCACAGCGCUCCAAUAAACAUGGCUGACAUUCCAAGUGAUGCGCCACAGCACUGCCCGGGUACGGCCAGUGAGCAGGCAGGGAAGACGUCAGCAUGUCAGGGUUGUCCCAACCAGAACCUCUGCUCCUCUGGAGCCACUAAAGCACCAGACCCAGCCAUAGAGGAGAUAGCAGAGAAGAUGUUAACAGUGAAACAUAAGAUCUUGGUCCUGUCAGGGAAAGGUGGUGUAGGGAAGAGCACCUUCAGCGCACAUCUGGCCCACGCACUGGCUAGUGACGCCACUAAAGAGGUUGCUCUCCUAGACGUGGACAUCUGUGGUCCGUCUAUCCCCAGGAUCAUGGGUCUGGAGGGAGAGCAGGUCCAUCAGAGUGGUUCUGGCUGGUCUCCUGUGUAUGUAGAGGAUAACCUUGCGGUCAUGUCUAUUGGCUUCCUACUCAGCAGUCCUGAUGAUGCUGUUAUCUGGAGAGGACCCAAGAAGAACGGGAUGAUCAAACAGUUCCUGCGAGAUGUCGAUUGGGGGGAACUGGAUUACCUCAUCGUGGACACGCCCCCCGGCACCUCUGACGAACACCUGUCUAUCGUCCAGUACCUUAGCUCCGCCCGCAUCGACGGAGCCGUCAUCAUCACCACCCCGCAGAACACGUCUCAGAUCUUCCCCCCCACCACGGGAGGAGCAGAGAGGAUGUGUGAAGAGAUGAAACCUUACUUCUGCUAGGACGAGUCCCACUGG